AUGGUGCUCGAGGCGACCAUGAUAUUGGUGGACAACAGUGAGAGUAGCAGAAAUGGCGAUUAUGUCCCCACGAGAUGGGACGCGCAAGCAGACGCCGUGAACAUGAUCUUUUCCGCCAAAACACAAGCAAACCCCGAAUCAUCAGUUGGUCUCAUGAACAUGGCCGGAAAAGGGCCAGAAGUCUUGGUCACUCUCACAACAGACUUUGGCAAAGUACUCGAUGGCAUGCAUCGAACGAAGACGAAAGGGCGGGCACAUCUUACUACUGCCAUUCAGGUCGCUUGGCUAGCUCUCAAACACCGGCAAAAUAAGUCACAACGACAGCGGAUCAUCGUUUUUAUAUGUUCACGCAUCGAAGAAGAUGAAAAGAGCCUGGUGAAACUUGCAAAGAAAAUGAAGAAGAACAAUAUUUCGAUAGACUUGAUUGCCUUCGGCGACCUAGAUCCGGAAAACACGAAGAAGCUAGAAGCUUUCCACGAGAAUAUUAAGGGUGGUGAAGGAUCCCAUCUCGAAAUCAUACCUCCGGGGCCAAGUUUACUCAGUGAUCACCUUGUCUCAACACCUAUAUUAGCAGGAGAAGGAGUCGCACCAAGAGAUGGAGACGCCGAGGCAGGAGCUAGUGGUGAUACAGGUGGAGGUGGCUUUGAAUUCGGCGUGGAUCCAAGUACAGACCCCGAGCUCGCCCUAGCGUUGAGAAUGAGCAUGGAGGAAGAACAGGCACGGCAAGAUAAAGAUAAGCCAGCAGAAGCUGCGAAAGAACCAACGUUAGAACAGAUACCAGAAGAGGCUGGGGAGGACAAGCCGCUACUGAGUGGAGAUGGAGAAGCUAGUGGAAGUGUGGAUGCUCCGGUCAGCAAGCCAGAGGAGGAAGAGAAGAAGGACAAGGAGCAUGAGGGCACGGACAACAUGGACACAUCGUGA